AUGUCUGAGCCCUCGACCAAGAUCCUUGAUCACAUCAUACAUCUCUCGCCUCCGGACACGGUUGCUCAGGUAUCCGAAGAGUUCAAGCGCUUGGGCUUCCAGGUCAUUCCCGGCGGCACACAUGCUGACGGGUUGACUGCCAAUGCACUUGUUCUCCUACAAGAUGGGGUAUACAUCGAGCUCAUCUCGUUCCUGAAACCCGCUAAGGACUACCCUCCCGUCUCGGAUCGCAACAAGCACCAGUGGGCAGGGAAGAACGACGGCUGGAUUGACUAUGCGUUUCUCGGCUCGACUUCCGCCUCGAUCGCGGAAAUCAUCAAUCAGCGCGCGAAGGACAGUGACACGGAUGUGGCGUAUCUGCCGGAGGUCCACGGCGGGCGGACGCGCUCUGACGGGGAGACUCUCAAGUGGGCGAUCACUGCGCCUGAGGCGAGGUUGGGGAGGGGGAGUCUGCCGUUCUACUGUGCGGACGUGACGCCUCGUAAGCUGAGGGUGCCCAUCGAUCAUCCGCCCGGGAAUACGGAGCAUCCCUCUGGUGCUGCUGGCAUCGCGCAUGUUCGUUUGCUAGCCAGUCCGCCUUCGCUCAAGACGCUGGCCUCUCAGCUGUCGUCGGUCAUCGGGGAGCAGCCAACCGUAUCCCAUGGCCUGCACGUAUGGACGUUGGACGUCCCAAAGGCAGACACCCCAAAACCACUGCUGAUCCUGGGUGCGCCUGCAGACGAGGAGGAAACGAAGGCGCUCGAUAACAAGGGGCCUGGAAUAUAUGAGGUUGCGUUCUGGACGGGGAAAGACGGGAAGAAGGGAGAUGGUAGGACGGAGUAUGGUAGCAAGAUCGUUUGGAGGCCCUUGUAG